AUGACACACACGAAGUCCCUGUUCCUGACUUUGAUGGGUGCUGCUGCUCUGAGUCAGGCAGCUAAAGUUCAUUAUGAUCUUGACCUCACAUGGAAGAGGGGCGCACCGAACGGAGUCGAGAGGGAGAUGAUCUUUGUCAAUGAUCGUUUUCCAGGCCCGCCAUUGAUUCUGGAUGAAGGAGAUGAAGUCACAAUAGACGUGACCAACAAUUUGCCCUUCAAUACAUCUGUCCAUUUCCACGGCAUUGAGCAAACCAACACCCCAUGGGCGGACGGAGUAUCAGGACUAUCGCAAUGGGCCAUCAAGCCCGGUGACAAAUACCGAUACCAUUGGAAAGCCACGACCUAUGGUACUUACUGGUACCAUGCCCACGACAAGGACAGAAUAAUGGAUGGUCUCUACGGUGGAAUUAGAAUUCGUCCGUCUGCCGACCGAGAGUCACCAUUCUCAAUGAUUUCUGAUGACCCUGCCGAUAUCCAGGCAAUGACAAAAGCCGCCCAUGAUGCCCAGUUGGUCGUGAUGUCUGACUGGGACCAUCUUUCGUCCAAUGAAUACAUGGAUGCACUGAAAGAAACAGGCUAUGAUAUCUUUUGCUCAGAUAGCAUUCUCAUCGAUGGUGCAGGCUCUGUAUACUGCAAAGACCCUGAAUAUUUGACAAACCUCCAACCACCCCAGGUCAGAGCAGUCAUAACUGAGCCUUUGACGGAUAAGGGAUGCGAUCCCUUCAUGCCAGUUCUCCAAGGUAACUGGGAGCACCACCCAGAGCUCCUUCCCGAGGGAUUGAACUCCGGAUGUAAGCCCAGUGAGGGUCCAACGUCCUCCUUUGAAGUAUCACCCAAAAACCGAUGGGCUAGUUUGAACUUCAUCAGUGCAGCAAGUCUCAAAUCGUUGAUCUUCUCCAUUGAUGAGCACCCGAUGUACAUCUACGAAGUGGAUGGACGCUACAUUGAGCCCCAGCUUGCGCAUCAGGUUUCCAUUUACAGUGGAGAGCGCUACUCUGCCAUGAUCAAACUCGACAAGGAACCCGGCAGCUACACGAUCCGUGUCGCUGGUCAUGAUAACCAGGUCAUCUCUGGCUACGCUAACCUCGCCUACAAGGGCGGUGAACAUAACAAGCGCGAAUCAACGGCAUAUAUCGACUACGGUGGCACUAACACUACAGCCUCUGUGAUCAAUCUGAACACAACGAACCUGCCGCCAUAUCCUGCUAUCCUACCUGCGGAGGACGGCGAUGAUUUCCAUCUCCUGACCCUUGGACGGAUCAACUCAUCCUGGGAAUGGACUUUGGAUGGGACGACCUUCCUCCCAGCCAAUUUGAACCAAAUGGAACCAGUGAUUCUCAACCCCAAAGCACCGAGCCUGGAUUCUGCCCUGAAGAUUGAGACCCGGAAUGGCACCUGGGUCGAUAUUGUGUUCCAGCUCGCCAUCCCCGACCCAACCAAGCUUCAGCCACCCCACCCGAUGCACAAGCAUUCCAACAAGGCCUUUUUGAUUGGCAGUGCAAUGGGCAAGUUCCAGUGGGGCUCUAUCGCGGAAGCAAAAGCAAGCAGCCCGGACAGCUUCUUCAAAACCCCUGUGUAUCGCGAUACAUUUGUGACUGCGCCAAAUGGAGUGGCCUGGAUCGCUAUUCGCUACCAAGUCGUGAACCCAGGACCAUUCCUUUUGCAUUGUCAUAUGGAGACGCACUUCUCGUCGGGUAUGGGCAUGGUCUUGCUGGAUGGUGUCGAUGCUUGGCCCGAAGUUCCUCCUCACUACCUAUAG